CUUUCAGCCAGCUCUAAUACCAAAUUCAUGUGGAGUCAAUAUGUGCAAUUCAGUGUGUGUGUGUGUGUGUGUGUGUGUGUGAUGUCCCAUGUCCCCACCCAGUUUUAGGUCUUCCAUACCCCUCCUUCUGUUGUACCCUCUCCUCCCCCUUUCUCUUGUCUGUAUAAAGAGGGGGUGAAGCUACAUUGUCUCGACUGGACAUUUCCACUCAUCAGGUCAUCGAUCUAGCCAGCCUAUCCAUCCCUCUGAGGAGAGAGAAGAAAGUGAAUAUCGCUAUCUGAAACUUUGGAAAAGUUGGAGAGCGUGAAAAUUGACUUCAGCUGCGCAUCGACUAUAAAACAGCAUCUUAUACGAGCUCCGAGAAAAAAAAUACUGAGACUGAAAGACACUUAAAAGGAUUUCUACAGUCCGUUAUCUGCAUAUUCGCAGAAUUUGCCCUCGGAGGUACCGGACACAUCUGAGGAGAGUCGGGUCUGCGCAGCGGACCAAACCUCACACAGCAUCACCAUGAGAUUCUUCCAUCCUCUGUAUCUCCUUCUGCUGCUGCUGACAGUCCUGUUCAUCACCAGCGCCGAGAAACAAGAUUUUCUCAACCUGAGGCGGAAAUAUCGCAGACACAACUGUCCAAAGAAGCGUUGUCUACCUCUUCACUCCAGAGUACCAUUCCCUUGAGGUUUCAUAACUCUAGAGGAACCUCUAUGCAACUAUCCUUAUGGUGCUUCGUCAAGCAUUAGGAAAACCAAAGACCAGCAAUAGAUGGAAAAAGUUUCAUAUCAGACUCCCUGAGGACUGUUCAUUCGCCUAUAUAUUGUACCAAAGCCAUGUUAGUCACUUCUGUAUAGAGGGAGUGUAUUGUUUUAUGAAUGUUAGUGAUCAUGGGGAGAUCCACUGCAACCUGCUGAAAACUCAUCGCUCAAUCAGUUUGAGUUUGUCAGAAUCAUUGUAAAUAGUAAGAACUGAAUGAAAUGUUUAUAUGUAAGUUAUGCACUUCAAAUGUUUUAUUAUUAUCCUGAUUAAAUAAAAAGUGUAUUGUC